CAGCGCGCCGCGCCACCCGGAACAGCCCGGCCGCGCCAUCUUGGCCCUGCGCCGCGCGGAGCCCCGGAGGCCGGGAGCCUGGCGCCGCGCGCAGCCCAAGCAGGAGGGCAGCAUGGCCGCGGGCGCGGGGGGCGCGGACGGCGAGUGCGCUCGGCAGCACGUGUUCCUGCUUCCAGAAUAUUUAAAAGAUGCUUCAAAGAAGAUAAAAAGCGGCCUAAUGUUUAUAAAACUGGUUAAUCCAUGCUCAGGGGAAGGAGCCAUUUACUUGUUCAGUAUGUGUUUAAAGCAGCUGUUUGAAAUCAAAGUUUUCAAGGAAAAAUACCAUUCCUGGUUUAUAAAUGAAUCAGUUCAGUCAGGCGGUCUCCUUCACUUUGCCACACCCAUGGACCCUGUGUUUCUGCUCCUCCACUACCUCAUAAAAGCUGGCAAAGAGGGAAAGUUUCAGCCCAUAGAUCAAGUUGUGAUGGAUGACGUAUUUUCAAAUUGCACCUUGUUGCUGAAACUUCCAGAACUUGAGAAGUUACUUCGUCAUGUAACAGAGGAAAAAGAAAUAGACAACAAGAAAUAUUACAAGUAUAGCAAAGAGAAGACAUUAAAGUGGCUGGAAAAAAAGGUUAAUCAAACAGUGGCAGCGUUAAAAGUCAAUCGUGUCAAUGUUGGUGCCCGGGUGCAGUCAGCUGCAUUUUUCUGUAGUGAUCAGAUUCUCAGUGACAAGGAAGAGGACUAUAUUUGUUAUGCCCAUGGUUUGAUAUCUGAUUACAUCCCCAAAGAGUUAAGUGAUGACUUAUCUAGAUACUUAAAGCUUCCAGAAACUUCAGCUCCAUUGCCAAACCCUCCGUCAAAGAUGGCAGCACAAAGACAGAAAAGGGGCAAGUGACACAACUUCAUGAAAAGAUGACUGCUUCCUGCACAACUUCAGAUACCCUCAAAGGGCUAAGACUUUUUGUUCUGCACUUUCUAGAAAACCACCAAGUACCAAAGGUAUAUCUUAACAAACCAACGAGGAAUGCUUAUUUCUUGGAUCAGCAAUGGGCAGUAGUAUUUCUUUCUCAGAGUGUGGAUCUGAGACAUUCAGAUUGCCUCAGCCUCUGCCCAGCACAUCCUUUUUAAAAGUAUGGAUCUUUCCACUACAAUGCUUCAGAUUUUAAAAUGUCAAGAGGGGAAGACUCAUUGUAAAAUUUGGGUUUUUCUUGAGUUUGAUCCAAUGGCUUUUCCUGCUCAAGUCAAAUUAUCAUGUGUAACUAUUACUGGAUUUUGGGUUCUGGGGUCUCCUAGAGGUGGUUUCCAGAUUCUUUCUGUUUUGAACAAUGAAUUGAGCAAAACAAGCAAAAAUGAUGGCAAAAUUUCACAUUUAUUUGAAGUAUUAAAAGAAAAGGAUAAAGGAAAAACUGGCUCUGCAGAGAGAGCUUGGGCCAAAUAAAAGCAAAAAAAAAAAAAAAAAAAAGAAAUAAAAUAAAAUAAGAUAAAAGUACGCCCUCAGGGCACAGUGCAGGCCAUCAGGAUAGUGUGCUUUCAAAGUCAUGCUCUGUUCAUUCCACACAUUUCAGGAACCCGUGCUAAGCCUAUAAACUGGGUCCUAAGAAUUAUCUGGUGCACUUACUCCCCAAGCCAGCUUUGCUGGGCCCUGUCUUCCUGUCUCAUAAUGAGUAUGCACAUAGUGACAUAAACCCGAGAAUCCAUAUUGAACACUCUGGAGAACCAAGUUUCAACCCUCACUAUACCGAAUAUCUGAUCCUUCUUUACUCUUCACCAUUUUGGCAGCUUCUAAUUUUUAACAAUAUCUGAAUAUGCAUUUUAUGCUAUUUUGAAAUUAAAAACAUUGCUUUGUUUUUCAUAAGUUUUCCCAGUAUUUAUUAUUUUUUAGAAUGAGGGCAUAAGAUAUGAGGGAAAUUAGAAAUAGAUGCCAAAAAAUAAUUUAGGGGGGAAUUCUACUGCCUAGUAACUAUGUUUUAGGAGGCAGUGGAGAGUUUUUUCAAACAUAGUGGAGAAGUAGGCUCGUCCACUAGCUAUUUAGGCACAAUCUAUGCUUAUCUAUUCCUUUGAAUCCAAGAAAUAAGCUUAGUUUUUUUUUUUUUAAUUCCUGUAACAACCUGAGCAAAAUGCCUGUUAUGUGCCAAAUAUUCCAGGCACUGGAUAGGAAACUGUCAGAAUGAAGUAGUAGCUUCAUUCUGGGGUAGCUGCUCAUUGGUGAACUUUCUGCAUUUAAAAGAUAUUGUCAACUUCUUCGAGAAAUCAUUGUUUCUGAAUUUCUAACUCCAUCAGGUAAGUAGACCUAGUUCUGGCAAGUGGUCUGUAACUUUUUACACUCCCCACCCCCACUUUCAUGUGUAGAAAGUUUUAGCUUCACAAGAGUUUUAACAUCCCUGUGCUUCCACAGUGUAAAAACAGUGUAAAAACUUCCAACCUUACAAAGUCACCCCACUUCUGGAGAUAUUACAGGCUUCCAGGAGGGAGUGCUCAGGAGAAAUGAUCUGUUUGAAACUUACCUAGUUUUGCUAAGUAUCAAAAGUCUUUAUAGCUCAGCACCCUAACCCUAACCCUAACCCUAACCCUAACCCUAACCCUAACCCUAACCCUAACCCUAAGGUGCUGCAGCACCAGCCUGGCAAGCAUGAGGUCCUGAGUUCAAUUGCAGUAUCAAAAAAAAAAAAAAAAAAAAAAAAAGAAGGAAAGAAAGAAAGAAGAGUCUAGGGGCUGGGGAUUUAGCUCAGCAGCAUAAGCACCUGACUUGCAAGCAGGCAGUCGUGAGUUCGAUCCCCGGUACCGAUAAAAAAAAAAAAAAAAAAAAAGAAAGAAGAGUCUAACACAUGCUUCCCCUUAUAGUAGUAGAGUUAAAAUCUGGCUUCUUCCAUCCUCUUCCUCUACAAUAUCAAGCACUGUCAAUGAGGGGCAGUUUCCCAAAGAAAUUGCCAGUACCAGAGAGAUACUGCUACUUAUGUUCUGUACCCUUGAACAAAUUGCAUAGCCUGUCAGGCCAGCAGAAUCUGGUAGUGUACUGACUGUCAGACUCGAGUGGACCUCUACCUUUACCAUUCUUUUUGUGCAGAGUUCCCAGUAGGAGACUCUGGGGGCCUGGGGGGCUGGAGAUUUGGCGGGGUAGUCCCAGACAUCAAGGCUCUUCAGUCCACGGUAGGCACGUUGACAUUGUUCGUUUCUACCAUGGCUCUACCUAGCAUGUUUUUGUUGCUGUACUUCUGUUUCUUCCUCCCGUCCCUCCUCCUCCCUGCUCUCUCCUCUCUCCACACACUCACUCUGGAGUCACUGCACAAUGGUUAUACCUGAGUUGUAACCAGCAACUUGACUCUCGACUUUUGUAGCAAGAUCAUAUUCCAUUGAUCUCUGAGCUCAGAAGAGCUAGUCCUUCAAAUUCAGCACUUUUAAAAUUUAAAAUUACAUUUGACUUUUUAUACAAAUGAUACAUUUCCAAAAAAAGAGAAAGCAGCAACAACGCCCACUUCUCACCAGUGCCACACAGCUCCUUGCCUAACUAUUCUUGGCCCUAAUUCAGAUCCUUCUCUCAGCUAAUUUCCAGCAUCCAGUUUCUGUCUUUUUCUAGCUAGCAGUCCAAUAGUGACCAUUUGUACAGAAUCCUAUUGAGUCCUCCUUCAGAACUAUGGGAAAAUUAAAAUGGUUCAACAGAUCCAAAACACUUGCACGCUCAAAGAAGCCCUUUCUCUUCCAACCCACUUCCACCAAACAUAAGGCUGUUUCCCAGCUGCGCUAUGAGUUCUCUCAAGGGCAGAGACCAUAUGGUUGUGUCUCAAAUAGAGACACCUCCAGUGCUGAGCGUGCCUCAAGUGGAGUGUCCCACACAGGGAGCGUGAGUCACCGAUGGACAGAUAAAGUGACAUUCUUCUUCCCUCCGAGUUGCCAAAGACUUGCGCUCAGAGCUGGAGAAGAGGCGGGAAAUGGGGACUGCUGAUGAGAAUCUUAUGAAAAGGUGCACCUUCUGGAGGCCAAGUAAGAAAUACCAAAGGCUUCAAAUUGAUUGAAAAAUGUGUGUCCUGCAAACAUGUCCUAAAAAGACAGUUAAAGCUCUAUCCCCAGUCCCCUGUCCCCCCACAAAUACAUAUAUAAUGAGUUCCAGCAAAAUCCCAGAGAUUUGGUACAUGUAGAAGCAUUAUUUCUAUGUUGGCAGUUUGGAAUAUACAUUGUUUCCAAAAGAUCUAAAGGAAAUAAGCUCGGAGAGAUUGUCUCAAAUACAUAUGAACACUUGUCAUAUGUAUGUGUAAGUACAGGGGGAAACACUCAUGUGCUGUGUGAUUAAAUUAUUAAGUUUCUGAAUGAAAUAUAAAAAUUGUAGGUGGUUCAUCUGUCAAAAUGAAGUGGCCAAUUUCAUCCUGCAUAUCUAUGUUUCUAUAUAAAGUCUUCUACAAUCACAGCUGUGUACCCUUCCUUUGAAAUCAUAUAUAACUUAAAACUAUCUUUCUUUAUGCAUGUAAAAUAUUCUGCCAUUCAUCUUCCGUUACAUUAAAUAAUAAAAUGAUGAGAACAAA